UCGCCUGUGCGAUAUAGUUUUGUGGAGUCACGACGCGGCUAUCAGGAAUAAAUACAGCUGUUAGCUAGUACGAUUACCAUUAACAUUUUGCGAGUCGCUCGGAGCAGCCAAAUUACCUCUGGGUCUGGAGCUGAUAACACGGUCGUAGUCUUCACAUCACUAUAAGCGCAUAUUUCUGACCUCUGGAAUGGCUGCCAAAAAACUGGAUGCCAUCAUCUUCGGGGCCUCCGGGUUCACCGGAAAGUACACUGUCUUCGAGGCGGUGAGCGUGCUGAAGGGCCUGAGUUGGGGCAUCGCCGGUCGCAAUCAGGAGAAGCUGCAGUCGGUGCUGAAAGAGAUGGGGGCAAAGUCCAAGACAGACCUCUCACAAACACCCAUCGUGAUUGCGGAUGUGAACAACGAGGCUUCGCUGCUGGAGAUGGCCAAGCGCUGCCGGAUUGUGGUCAAUACGGCUGGACCGUAUCGGUUCUUCGGCGAGAAGGUCGUGAAGGCCUGCAUAGAGGCGGGCACACACCAUGUUGAUGUCAGCGGAGAGCCACAGUACAUGGAGACCAUGCAACUGCGCUACCACGAUCUCGCCAAGGAGCGUGGCGUAUACGUGAUCAGCGCCUGUGGCUUUGACUCCAUUCCCGCCGACAUGGGCGUCACCUUUGUGGAGAAGAAUUUUGACGGCGUCGUUAACUCGGUUGAGAACUUUGUCCACAUGGGCGUCAAGGGAGGCACCAAGGGAACGGGCAGUGCUGCCCUGAACACCGGAACAUGGGAGAGCGCCAUCCAUGCCAUCGCCAACCGGAGAGAGUCGGUGGCCAUUCGCCGGAAGCUGUUCCCCGAGCGCCUGCCCAAGUUCCAGCCGAGUUUGAAGGCACGAUCGCCGCUUUCCCGUGCCGUCGAGGUGGACAACAAGGUUAUCCUGCCGUUCCCCGAAACAGAUCGCUCGGUGGUGAUGCGCUCGCAGCGAUUCCUGUACGAGCAGGAGAAGAAGCGUCCCGUCCAGAUGCAGGCCUAUAUGACCUACCCCUCGUGGUUCGCGGCCAGUGUUGUUGUGCUCUUCGCCUCUGUCAUUGGAAUUCUGGCCAAAUUCUCCUUUGGCCGGCAGCUGCUGCUUAAGUACCCCGGCGUCUUCUCCGGCGGCAUGGCCUCCCGGGAAGGUCCCAGCGAGGCUAGGAUGGAGCGCUCUUUCUUCAGGAUGACCAUGAAGGCCACCGGCUGGCCCAAGUCCGAACAACUGGCCGAGAGCUCGGACCAGUACAGCUCUCCGCCAACGAAGACUUUAACCGUGCAAGUUACUGGUCCCAAUCCCGGCUAUGGCUCCACCUGUGUCGCCCUGCUCUCCACGGCUAAGACCAUCCUUAACGAAAGCGACAAGAUGCCCGGUACCGGCGGAGUCCUGCCACCAGGUGCUGCAUUCCGGAAAACCAAUCUUAUUAGCGAACUGGAGAAGCACGAGCACGGCAUUAAGUUCGAGAUUGUGGCGAACAAGUAAUGUCAAAUAUGACUUCUAGUUGAAUUGUUAAUCAUUAAAAAUACUAGGUGUGAUACAAAUAAAAGUAUUUAUGAGUUACGUUCCUUUAAAA